AUGCCGUCCGCGCCCGUCGCCGCGAUCGCGUCGCGCGUCGCGCCCCGCAGACUUCGUCGGAGGCUAUCCGCGGAGUCGACGCCCAGCGCGCGCGCCCCGACGAGGACCGCCCCGGAGGCGACUCCCGUGAACGCGGUCGCGACUGCGAGAGCCUUCAACGCGACGAACGCCGCGCGCGCGUGCGUGCCGCGCGGUAGGUCGCGCUCCGCCUUUGUCCUCGAUCUCAGCAGGACGGUGACCGCGCCGGUCAGACCCGCGCUGCCAAUCAGGGAGGCGGCUCCCCACGCGCCGACGGACUCGUAG